AGGUCCAGGUGGUACGCCAAGACCAAUUGAAUUAAGUGCACAUGAUCCCAUCAGGUGUGUAACAGUGGUGCUAAAAUUGUCAGCCCAUGCAGACAAACUAUAUUCGCGAUUUUAUAAAGGUUAUUUUUUGCGGGGUUUUUAGACAUCUGUUUUUAGGACAUUAUUGGCAGGGUCGCAAUACUGGAACAAUUCAGCCAGUAUUACUUAAUAACUAGCCAAAGCCAAAACAAACAAUACGAAUUUGUAAUCAUGAAUACAUUAUAGAAUGAAUUUGUCCGUGACAAUUAUUACCCAACCAAUGACGUCAUGUUGGUUCUUUUUUUUAGUAAUUUAGAUAGUCAGUGUAAUUUUCAGAAUUAGCGAUCAAGCAUCAAAAAAUGUCUGAAAAUUUCUGCUAACUUGUAGACCCCCAAAAUUUCUAGAAAUUAUAGGUUCCCACUGGGAAGUUCCCAGGUUCCGAUACUUUUUUCCACCUCUGCUAUUGUAUGGAGAUUCUAUUUAAUUCACUAAUGGCUAUUUUCCAGUCACAAUGCUUGGCAGUUUACACUAGUCCCGGAUAGCUUUCCGUAGCGGCGCGAAAAAACACCUAUCCCAUACGGAAUGUACAACUCUCAGAAGUGUACGGAAUGUACAACUUUCAGGCUCUUUUCCAAUCACAAUGCUUGGCAGUUUACACUAGUGCCGGAUAGCUUUCCGUAGCGGCGCGAAAAAACACCUAUCCCAUACGGAAUGUACAACUCUCAGAAGUGUACGGAAUGUACAAGUCUCAGAAGUGUACGGAAUGUACAACUUUCAAACGUGUACGGAAUGUACAACUCUCAGAAGUGUACGGAAUGUACCACUCUCAGAAGUGUACGGAAUGUACAACUUUCAGAAGUGUACGGAAUGUACAACUCUCAGAAGUGUACGGAAUGUACAACUUUCAGAAGUGUACGGAAUGUACAACUUUCAGAAGUGUACGGAAUGUACAACUCUCAGAAGUGUACGGAAUGUACAACUCUCAGGAGUGUACGGAAUGUACAACUCUCAGAAGUGUACGGAAUGUACAACUCUCAGAAGUGUACGGAAUGUACAACUUUCAGAUACGGAAUGUACAACUCUCAGAAGUGUACGGAAUGUACAAGUCUCAGAAGUGUACGGAAUGUACAACUUUCAAACGUGUACGGAAUGUACAACUCUCAGAAGUGUACGGAAUGUACCACUCUCAGAAGUGUACGGAAUGUACAACUUUCAGAAGUGUACGGAAUGUACAACUUUCAGAAGUGUACGGAAUGUACAACUUUCAGAAGUGUACGGAAUGUACAACUCUCAGAAGUGUACGGAAUGUACAACUCUCAGGAGUGUACGGAAUGUACAACUCUCAGAAGUGUACGGAAUGUACAACUCUCAGAAGUGUACGGAAUGUACAACUCUCAGAAGUGUACGGAAUGUACAACUUUCAGAAGUGUACGGAAUGUACAACUCUCAGAAGUGUACGGAAUGUACAACUCUCAGAAGUGUACGGAAUGCAACCUGUACAGUGUAAACCUAACCAUAGUUAGUUGAAUAGACCUUUCCCCUUAUGAGUGAAAUUUUGAUCUAGACAAGCCUGGACAAAAAUUUCAGCACAGCUUGAAAGAGCAUCACAAAAUUAGUAAUAUUAGUAAUUAGUAAUUAGUAAUAAGUUUCGUUGCGAAAUGUUGUAAAAUGCGGAUAAUAUAGCCCUGCGAAGUUUGCCGUUUUUCAGUCAUUUUGUAUUACAAAUGGGAAAUUGAUAAUCAGUUUGAUCAUCUGUUUAUCAAUUUCCCGUUUGUAAUACAAAAUGACUGAAAAACGGCAAACUUCUCAAGGCUAUAUUAUCCGCAUUUUACAACAUUUCGCAACGAAACUUCGGAAUAUUACUAAUUUUGUGAUGCUCUUUCAAGCUGUGAUGAAAUUUUUGUCCAGACUUGUCUAGAUCAAAAUUUCACUCAAAAGGGGAAAGGUCUAUUCAAUUAACAUGACGCUGGUUUAUUUUUAGAUACUUGGGGGACAUGCUGGCAUGGCUUCAUCAAGGGAUUGCAUCUGAAAAGGAAUCCAUACAUUCACUAUUGAAACAUGCACAAUCCUCGAGUAAGUAUUGCGCAGCUUACAAAUUUCUCCUGUACACGUAUAUGGUGCUUAGUCAUUGAUAUGUAUUAGUCGUUUUACUGCACUGAUUAUUUUUUACUUCAGCAAGCUAGAUUUUCACGUUGGCUGCGAAAACAGCCGCGCCCGAUUCUGUUGUUCCUCCACGACAAUCGGGUGUCUGUUUUCGCAGGCUAAUUUUCACGAGCAAACUGUAUUUCAAUUUGCGCAUGAGACAUAUAUAACUAUGUAAUUUAUCAUGUAAUAUUUUUUUGAACAGUGACCGACGAGCUGUGUUCUGAGCUUUUGGCUCAUAUAUCUGAAGGUGUCUGUCGACCAUUCAAGGUUUGACUUUUAUUAGGUUUCGCAAAUUUUAUUUAACAUUUUUAGUUUCUUUGAUCAUUAAACAUUAGCAGUACUCUCAGGGACGCCGGAACGAUAAUAGGGCAAAGGGGGGAGGACGCACACCAAGGGCACCUUUACUGAAAAAAAUUUUUUCACUGCAAAAUUUUUUGGCGACCCCCCCCCGUCGCCAAAAAAAUUUCGGUUAGUGUACCAUUUUAGGGGUCAAAAAUUUUUUCCGGACAUACAAAAAUUUUCCGUGAAGCCAAAAAUUUUUCCGGAUAUCUUAAAUUUUCACCAUUUCUUCAAGAUACUUUUCUAAAUUCCAAAAACUUCCCAAAAUUUUUAUAAAUAUAAACUAUAAAUUACCUGAAUCUCGUGAUUUUCCUACAAAAAGCAUCGUUGGAAAUGUGAUUUAUCACGUAUUAUUUUAGAACUAAAAGGGCACUUCUGCCGCCCCCCCUGCCCCCCCUAGCAAAAGGCAAGGGGGCAGCCGCCCCCCCUGCCCCCCCAGUUCCGGCGUCCCUGAGUACUCUAUUUAUAACUUACCGUAAAUCCAUUUAGGUACGUGUUGAGCAAGUGGUAGUCUCAGAACAAGGCUCGGUCGUGCUUUUUAAACUUGCAAGUGUUCUGAAAUUUUAUAGAUCUACAAUCAGGUGAGUUUUUUUUACAGUAUUAUAAUGAAUGACUCUAUUAUUAUGUCUAUGCAGUUCAUCCGCAGCAUUUUAAUUUCUUCAUGAGCGCGGUUGAAAAUCAACAGUAGGGACCGCUAAGAUGCGACGCUCGCGACAGGGGUGGAUUUAUAGGGGGUGCGCACCCCUGUGUUGGCCUUGGUCAACAGGGGUGCAACGGGGGUGCAAAAAAAUCAAAUUCAGAAAUAUGGCACAAUUUCCAAGGUUUUUCCUUUUUUGAAGUCAAACUGAAGCUCCUAAUUCAAUCCCCAUAUCGCAGGAAAUGGCAUUUCUAGGGUUCUAAUUUUCAAAAUUUUCCGGGGGGCAUACCCCUGAACCCCCUAGGGAGCUUGCGCCUUCGGCGCUCAAGUCGUUAUGAAGCCAAUUCAUUUGAAUGCUCUCCCACCACCCCCUAAAGAAUUAUAAAGAAACACUCGGCUGCUCACCCAGCACCCCCCUAGAAAAACCUUGCUGGAUCCACCCCUGGCUCGCGAUACAAAACUUAAUAGCUCUUUUGCCAGUGAAAAAUGAAUACAGAUAUUGUGUGUCACCAUGGUGAGUUUUGUAAUCUAAUUUAUCUUGAAACGUUGUUUACAUGAUCUAAAACGCUUUCUAAAACAUUUAAAAUGGUACACAAGAGAUUUUUUUCAUUUUUCUGCUUCCGGUUUAAAAUAUGUAUAUAGUUUUCGCUUGAAAUUUCCUUAAAAAAUCUUUUUAGUCUUUAAACUGUCAAGUAUACGUACAAAUAUUAAAGACUGAAUGUUUUUCUCCAACAAAUAAAAAGUGGUCUUUUAUUAUAUUUUGCCGUAUGAAAUUAUCUUCUGGUGAUUUUUGCUCGACCCAUACAACAGUAUCUAAAGCGUAGUGUAUUUUAAUCCAUCUUUUUUUCAUGCAACUUUUGGUUAUGCAUGUACUAACCAUUUUUUCCCACUUGGUCUCCCUCCCCUCAGACCCCUCCACUUAUGCAGGCUAUAGACCCAUUGCACUGACGUCACAAAUCCUUAGGGUGUCCUCCAGAUGCUCCCUAAUAAUAUCUGUUCGGGUACAACAACCAAAUACAGCGCAAAAGUUAACCAUUUUAAGAGGCAAUUUUUUUCAAUGUCACGUAUUUACGAUGAAAAGUAUUCAAAACCGAAAAUUGCUUUGUUUAAUGUUUUAGCUUUAUUCUCUAGUUUAUACGGUUAGCUACCUUUUUAAAUGCAUUUGCCGGUUGAGAAACAUAAAAUCAUAGUUAAAAAUUGUCAAUUAAAAUACAAUUAUCAAUGACGCUUUAAAAGUGACGCCAUAUUUACAAUAAUUUGGAUUCUUGCACUUCACUUGGUGGAAUUACUUCAGACAUCAUUUUCUCUUUGGCGUACCAUCUAAAAUCUCUUCAUUUUGGCAUUAUUUUACAGAUAAAGGACUGAACAUACUUUAUAAGUUUAUUUGCCGAUUGAGAAACGUAUCGAAAAAUAGAAAUUUUGGAUGUGUAGUCAUAACAGCAAGUGGUAGUUUUGAGCGCGUGUUACAUAACAUACAAAAAAAUCUUCUCUUAAUACAAAAUUAUUAUAAAGUUUUACAAAAUUUGCUUUGUUUACAAAAGUUAUAUUAUGCAUAGAUUGCUAAUUUGUCCUCCAGAUGCAUCGUCACCGGCGCUGUGACGUCAUGUGCAAUGGGUCUACAUUAGACUGAUGCAUGUGUAGUUGAAGGGUUUCUGUAGAUGGAAAUGUCGAGAGCAAGAUUAUACACAAUUUUAGACCUAACCGUAAGCAGCUGCAAAAAAUUAAACUAUAUUUGCAGGUGUUCCUGGUUAGGUCUAAAAUCCUAUAUAAUCUUCCGCUCAAAAUUUCCAUCUACAAAAUCCUUCAACUGUUCUAUCGAGCGAGAUGUCCAAAAUCGCGAUGAUUGCUAUGUACCUGACCUUUUUAUAGUUCUAUUGUUGGAGAAGAAUCCUUGUUCAUUUUUACAAUUGAAGAGUUGCAUACUCUGGCAAUGAAGAUGUUUUUCAAUAGUCUCAGUCUCCAUGCAAGCAAAGUCUUAGACAAGGUACCAUUGUACUGUACGACAUAAUUGUCUUCACUUAGCCAGAACUCAAAACCGCAAAACAUCGAGAAGCACAAUGGACUUUAGAUGUACUCGAGUGUGAGUAGGAGCAAGGAACAUGCAAUGGUGCGAUCAUAUAGAAGAACCAUACAUAGUACUACAGUGCGGUGCCAUGGAGCAUGCGCAAAACAAAUGCACCACAAGCGUGAAGACGUAUUAUUUUUGAAUAAAUACCAAGGUUUAUGAUUCUGAACAAAUAUAGAACGGUGCCAAACUUCGUUUGGGCACCGCAAUUAAGUAUAGGUUAUUUUGAGGCAACGAGGGGAUAUGUGACUUAUUCACCGAGGCGCGCAGCGCCGAGGUGAAUGAACACAUAUCCCCGAGGUGCCUCGUAGGUGCCUCGAGGUGCCUCGUGCCAAAUUAACGUACUUACUUUUCACAUUGCGAGGUCGCGUUAAUGAGUCAGAAUAGAAAUAAUUUUUAAUAUUGCCUUCGUGAUGUUGUUUUUUCUCAUUUUUUUGUGCUCUAAAGACAUUGCAGGUGAAUAUUAGAGGGGAUUAUUAAACGGAAAUUGAUUAGAGGGGAAUAUAUUGAAUAUAUUCCCCGAUAGGAACAAAGGAAACCGAGUAGGAUGAAAAAUAAGAAAGGAUAUACACGCCCAUUGUACUUUUCGUGCUUAUAGAUUGAGGUUCUCUGAGUUUUGACCUUUGGAGGACAAAUUUUAGUUGUGUAAUGCAAGCUCUACUCCCCACGUUAUUUUCAUAUGACUAGUUUUCGUAUGACUACUUGAAAGAAUAAGUUCUUAAAGUUACGUUUUAAAAUUUGUUUUCAUCUAGGUUGAAAUCCCGCCGUCAGAUCUUGGGGCAACAGCUUCUCUGAAUGAAACCUUGUCUUUGCUGCGUGAAGUUCUGUCGUCUCAUGAUGCGUCUGUCGUUCCGCUUGAUGCUAGGCAAGGGGAUUACUCAAAGGUACAGUAUGCAGUGGCAAUUGUGAUUCCCCUUAUUACGUUUUCGUAGCGCUUUGCAUUGUGGUUAUAGUGGUAUCACUGAUAAAGAUAGUGGCCUCGCGAAUAUUUUGCUGUUGGCUAUCGCGCACCUGACCCUAGCUUUUUUUAAAAGUUCUUGCACGGGUCAGGGCAAAAAUAAGCCAUCUUGAAUAUCAGUGAUAGUACUAUAACCACAAUGCAAAGCGCUACGAAAACGUAAUAAGGGGAAUCUAGUAUUGUGAUUGAGUUGUUUUCAAAUAAAUUAUGGCCUGCAAUUUUUAUUUUUGAACUAGGAAAAUAGUCCUCCUCGGCUAUGGAAGAAAUGAUUUUUCAGUCAGGCCAAAGAAAAAAUACCUGGGACUUCGCUUUCCGGUUUCCCGACCCUACCUAGCUUUUGGCCGCUGAAAUCAACGACCCUGAUCUUUUGUACUAUCUAUAUAAAGUACAACCUGUUUCUUUCAAAGUUGAUAACAGUUUGUUCCAUCUGUGCUGCCAUAAUUGACGUAGAAUAUCGCUCUCAUGCAUGAGCAUUUAUAAAAAAAAUUUAAAAAAAAAGAAAACCCGACCUACCCAAUCUAAGUUUUUGCAACGAGAAAUAGGAAACCCAGAUAUUUCUUUUUUGGCCUCAUAUAUAUUAUAUAAUAUACUUUAGCUCCAUUACCGUAGUCAAUAUUAAAGGUACUAGUAUGUGAUAAGCAAGUGAAAUAAAAUGAACUAAAGCUAAAUGAAAUGUAAUAAAGUGAAAUGAAGUGAAGUUAAAUGAAAUGUAAUGAAAUGAAAUAAAGUUAAACGAAAUGAAAUGUGAUGAAGUGAAGUGAAAUGAAAUAAAGUGAAGUGCAAUAAAGUAAAAUGUGAUGAAAUGUUUUUUCGUAAUGUUUCCUAACCUCCUCAUUGACAGUCAAUUUUAAAAAUCUAAGAGGAAUUGAAAAUUAAUAGUCAAACAUCCAUCUUUAUCAGCUACUUGUGCUAAUACAAGUUCCAUAUAUUUCGUUAUUCAGAUUGUCUUUUUCAUUUUUGUUUAGGUUAUCUCUUGUCUCAUUGAUCCAUUACUACAGAUGUGUACAAUGUCCGCAAGUCAUUUAAGUGCAUGUGAUAUGGCUGCCUAUAUGGUCAACUGUAUUUAUCAAAUGCAGACAACGUUAGCUGUGUAUGAGUUUACGGAUAAACACAUUGAAAUGCUUGCAGCACAGGUAACUUACUUAUAAGUAUCGGUAUGUAUAUGUCGGGUAGGGUUGCGAGGUCGAUUCAUAUACUGCUGCAGUUCCCGCCUAAUCCCGCACAAAAAACGGGUCCUCAUUAGGAAUAUAACAAGACCAGGGAUUGGUUGUUCAAGGCACGGUUCGCGCUAACCGUGGGUUAAGGGGCCACGUCCAUAUUCAUGUUGCCACGUUUGGGUGGGUGGGUAAAUUUUCUAAUGGUGUGACGUUUUCUCCGUGACAAUAUAAAAAUUUUGUUAGAACUUACGUUUUUGUGGACUUUUUGUACUUUUAUUUUAUGUUACUCGUAUCUUUUCGCCGAAAUUAGUUUCCAAGAGCUUUUACCGCUGAAAUUGUGAAACAUUCGCCGAAAAUAUUUCCGCCAACAUUUUUAUCCGCCGCGCGGCUAUUUUUGGGUUUCCCAAGAUGGCGGCGGCAGCAACUUGAAAACAAAACGAUUUGUUUGCAUUUUUAUUUCUUUUCCAGAGGUAAGUAACAAUAUUUUCAAAAAAAUUGUUGAAUAUUCUUAAGAAAUGUUUCUAUCAAGCUGUGAAUAUACGGAAUUAUCACGGAAUAUACAAGUGGCGAGUAUUGAAAUCAGUUUCUGAUAGAUGUCGAUGUAUUCUUGGUCUGGUCUGCUUGGUUCUUUAUUAGGUAAUAAAUCUGGCAAUGACACGCUUGACGUUUUCACUAGGGGCACCAAAAGGGGGGUUAGCACCAAAACAUCAAUCUGACGUUUUGCGUGGCAACAUGAAUAUGGACGUGGCCCCUAAAUUUAACCCAUUGCUUUGGUUUAUGUAUACCUGUACGUUUGUUUAUUUCAAAACUUUAGAAAAUUAAACUUCUGAUGAUCCAGACAAGUUUUCUGGAAAAAUAUUUCUAAGUUUAUAAACAAGCUGCUGGGAAGUGUGCUUCGGAUUUCACGUUAACCCAGGGUUAAUCUAACCGGCUUUUAAACAACUGGCCCCAGGGGUGUGUGUAAUUACCAGUUGCUUCCCCCCUCUGGUGGUGGGUGCGCGGAAAACUGUCGGGGUAUGGGGAGAGGAAGGAAGAAAUUGAAGGAAAAUAAUAAUAAUUACUGAACAUUCAGUGUAUAGGAUUUUCUUUUUUUUCUCUUUGCAAGAAUGUCACUCUAAAAGUGCAGAAAGUGACCAUUCAGAACUUCCCAAAAUUAACUGAAAAGAGGCGCAAACGAUAUAUAAGUUACAUGCCUAGUCUCCUCUUUAUUAAUUUUACAGACAGAAGCGCACCAAGAUACUUUGGUCAGUGAACAAGCUUCAUUUAUUCUUGAAAGAUCUGGUAUUGGAAAUAUCUAUAAUAUGAUUCAAGAUCAACCAGCUCAAAAGGUUCGUGCACGGUUUGUGUGUGAAAAUCAGUGAAAACUUCCCUUGUAUAUAUAAGUGAAAAAGGUAAGAGAGGUGGCUGGAGUGAGUUUUUAGGUUUUGGCUUUUUUUAUUCUUGAAUUUCGUGUUUUUAGGUUUUCUGAAGCAGAUACAGUGUAUUUAGAAACGUUUAGCUUCUGUUAGUUUUAUCUACAAUAAUCACUCUAUAUCCUGUUACUUCGUGUAACUGGAAAACAACCAGGGUAAUAUCACACAUGUUUUUCGUGUAUCUAACAGCAAAAUAGAAAAAUCCUAUACUGCGAUUUUCUUUGAAAAACAACAAAAAUAUCGUUUUCUUUUGCAGUAAAUUAAUAAUACUGUAUGCACAAAGUCCUGGACUGGAAAGUCCUUGAAAAUGAGUAAAAGUCCUUGAAAGUCCUGAAGUGAUUAUGAUUAAAAUUACUGAAUAAAGUGAAUUAUUUACGGCAAAUCCGUGCCAUUUUCAAAGAUUUUGCCCAGUUCUAGGUCCUUGAAUUUACUGAAAAAGGGCCUUGAAUUUCACCUUCACCAAAGGAUGAACACCUUGUUAUUAGAAUGUGAGGAUAGAAGUCUGUAGUGUUCUAUGGAAGCCGUGUCUGCAAGGACAAGUAGAAGUAACGAAAUUCUCAGCCAAAUAAACAUUGAUGAGGGCAACGCUUGCUUAUUUUUCACUCACAAGUUUAGUCACGUUGUUGCAUGAAAAGUAAUAAAUAUGAAUCGUGAAUAUUCACAUUUUGGUGACGUCAUGUGCGAUACUGUUACCCAGACGACGCAAAUGAAAGAGUUUAACUGCUGGAGCAAUAAUCGAUCUAUGAAAUUUGACCGAAUCCUUCAUAUACCACAAAAUUAAUAACAAGAUGUCAGCGCCAAGAUUGGGUAGAUGACAGACAACUCUCUUGUUGUCAAUGAUCUGACAAUCAUGGUUACAAACUUAUUGAAGAUUAAAUACGCUAAGCGUACGUGUAUUUGUGCAUAGAUACUGCUGUCAUUGUUUUUGUUGGAAUUGCAGUAGCUUUUGUUGGCGGUAUUGCUCAAUCGGUGGCUUUCGUCAAGGCUUUACUGGUUUCGAACGGUGAAUGGUAUGAGAUAUAUGUGUGUUAUUUGGUUGACAACCCAUCCUUUUCAGAAUUUGUUGGUAAGAUACAGAUUUCCAAAGGUCUUUGGGAAAGGGAUGAAUAGUCAUUGGCAGGCUUACUAUCUGGUGCUUUAUGGGCGUGGGACAUCCCCAUACUUUCUGGUAAUAGGUCGCUAUAAGUUAAUUGGUUUAAAGAUUUCUUUGUCUGUAAUCCCUUGAAAAUACGAGAGGCGUGGCCCCGGUAGACCUCUAUUAAUGGCUAACCGAUGACCUUGAUAUUGGAACUGAAAUUCUCAAUGGGUGAUAUUUGAUCAGCAAAACACGUAAUGGUGGCUCAAGUGAAGAGAGAAUGAAUUAGAGUGAAUUAGAGCCAGCAACGAAAGAGGAACGAUCAACUCGCUUCAUCAUUUGUCCACGACCUUGAAUCAUUGUGUCUGGGAGAUGGACUGAGUUCAAGUUUACUGACAGGACUAGGAUAUUGAAUGUUGAUGAAAAACAUCUAGCAUGGAUCAAGCGGACAAUCUAUGUCACGUUUGUUUCAUGGCAUAUCAUUAUGUGUCCAUGAUUGGCAUCCUGACUGGAAGCUCGAUCCAUUCUAUAUGUUCCUCAUUAACAAAUCAAUAAAUCAUUCUAUGCCCAUGAUGGACGUGACCAUGGCAGAAUAAAUUUUAAUCUGAACCUACAAAGAUACUAAACGAGAUGCCAUGGUUAAAUUGUAAUGAUUGUUCCUUCUUCGGUGUGGUUCUCGUUAUUUCUUAUCUUUCAUGAUAAUAAGAUAAUUGACACUCAGGCAAUGGUUACAAAAGGAAUGAUAUAUUCCUUCUCAGGUAGUGGUUCUCGUGAUUUCUUAUCUCUCAUGAUAAUAAGAUAAUUGACACUCAGGCAAUGGUUACAAAAGGAAUGAUAUAUUCCUUCUCAGGUAGUGGUUCUCGUGAUUUCUUAUCUCUCAUGAUAAUAAGAUAAUUGACACUCAGGCAAUGGUUACAAAAGGAAUGAUAUAUUCCUUCUCAGGUAGUGGUUCUCGUGAUUUCUUAUCUCUCAUGAUAAUAAGAUAAUUGACACUCAGGCAAUGGUUACAAAAGGAAUGAUAUAUUCCUUCUCAGGUAGUGGUUCUCGUGAUUUCUUAUCUCUCAUGAUAAUAAGAUAAUUGACACUCAGGCAAUGGUUACAAAAGGAAUGAUAUAUUCCUUCUCAGGUAGUGGUUCUCGUGAUUUCUUAUCUCUCAUGAUAAUAAGAUAAUUGACACUCAGGCAAUGGUUACAAAAGGAAUGAUAUAUUCCUUCUCAGGUAGUGGUUCUCGUGAUUUCUUAUCUCUCAUGAUAAUAAGAUAAUUGACACUCAGGCAAUGGUUACAAAAGGAAUGAUAUAUUCCUUCUCAGGUAGUGGUUAACAACCACUACCUGGUUGUCGAUGAUCUCAUUGAAUGACGUCAAAAUACAUCAAGAACACUGAAGAACUACUGUCUACUUAUUGAAGGAAAUGUGCCAUGGUUUUUGCUGUAAGGACGUUUGAGCAAGCGCAAGGACGACACUCCAUAUAGCACAAAAGAAAUGAAUAUAAAUCAAAAUUCUUACAAGACUUUAGCAAAAUACAUAUUUUCAUGUUAUGUAUACAACGUUAGCAUUUCCAGCCGAUAUACAAACAGUUUUAUUAAUAUUUUUGUAGGAUAUACAUUUAGUAGCUUAGACAGCUAAAUUACAAUAUGCUUCACAAAUGUUUCUAUAGUUAAGUAUUCUUGGUUUAUUUAUCAGUUAUAGACCUUGAACGAGGGGUGUUGUGAACGGUUAAAUUGUCGCCGCUAUUUUUGUCAUAGCGAACAAUAUGUCAGGCAUGCGCAAACGAGACGCUUUUUGUUGGUUUCAUGAAUCGAAUCGAAAAACACGUUUAUAACGACUUCCAACUUAUAUUUUAUAGUUUAUAGUUUAGAAAUAAAGUUUAUUUUACAUUUAACUGCGACGGGCAGUACAUGGCGCCCACUCUAACGUCCGUACUGCAGCAUCAUCUCACUGUGAAUGAAGAAAAGGAACCCAAAAUGGUGUCUUUGCUGCGGAAAUCAUUUUAUGUAGAUGACUUCGCUGGUGGUGCUUUCGACGAUAAUGAAGCAGGUGAAGUCUACGAGAAAUCCCAGACGUUAAUGAGUUCGGGGGGUUUUACCUUACGAAAAUGGUAUACGAAUUCCAAACACUUGCAAGAAAAGAUAGCAACAGAUAGAGCUGAAAACCAACACGAAAGCAACGAUAAAGCAAAUAAUAUCCCCGGGAGUGAUCAGGAAUGCAAAACAAGAAACGACCCAGCAAAGGUUCUAGGAAUACCCUGGAAUGUUGACGAGGACACACUUUUCCAUGACUAUGUUAAAUGGUCGAAAGAUGCCACUACCCUACCUGCUACAAAGCGAUCAGUCCUUCGGCUCUCUGCCAAAAUUUUCGACCCCAUCGGACUGUUAACCCCAUUCACAAUUAAAAUGAAAGUCUUCUUUCAAGAGUUAUGCUUAGCAAAGGUGGAUUGGGACGAUGAGUUAAAGGGAGAGCUACUGGAAAAAUGGAAAAGAUUGGUACAUAACUUAAACAGCUUGAAAGAUAUCAAAGUUCCGAGAUGUUAUUUCACAAGAAAGGAAGAACCCCCUGUGAAACACGAGUUACAUGGAUUCUCUGAUGCAUCCAACAAAGCAUUUGCAGCAGUUGUUUAUCUUCGGACAGAACACGCAAAUGGCGAUAUUGAAAUUAAUCUAGUGGCGUCCAAGACACGAGUAGCUCCAAUAAAGCGUCAGUCUAUACCUCGUUUAGAGUUGCUUGGAGCAACUAUUUUAGUUAGACUUGUCAAAUCUGUCAAAGAAGCGAUGAGCUCUCUAAAAACGCCUCCUGAAGUGUUCUUGUGGAGCGAUUCUUACACCGUUUUGUGUUGGAUUCGUAAUGACAAAACAUGGAAGCCUUAUGUUCAAAACAGAGUGAAGGGAAUCAGGGAACUUUUCGACCGAGAGAAAUGGAGAUUUUGUCCGGGAGAGAUCAAUAUUGCCGAUCUACCCUCAAGAGGUUGUUCUGCAGAGGAACUAGUUAGAAACCAUAGUUGGUGGAAAGGUCCCGAGUUUUUGAAUCAUUCACCCGAGUACUGGCCUCAAGAGCCACAACAAAGCUACAUCGAUAACGAGGAGAAAGCAUUAGCUGAAAUCAAGAAGACCUCACCAACCAUCGUGUACUCAAUGGCGAAUCCAUCAAUCAACAACGAUCAUGAAAGUUUCGAUAUCGGCGAUAUAAUAGACAUAAAUCGAUAUAGCACUAAAUUGAAACUGUUACGAGUAACAGCAACGGUAAUAAGAUAUGUGAAAAGAUGGAGAAACCCUCGACACAAAUUCGAAAGUGCUGAGUUGACGGCGCAAGAAUUACAGGAAGCCGAAAUACGAUGGAUCCAGACCGUUCAAGAACACGAAUUUCAACACGAGUUAAAUUACCUUAAAGGAGUGUCAAAAACUCCGACACCCGUGGUCUCUCAAUUGGGUUUGUUCCGCGACGACGAUGGUUUAAUACGAUGUGACGGAAGGAUUGGAAAUUCGUCUCAACAAAAAGAAUCCAAACAGCCGAUUCUCCUACCAGCAACACAUUAUUUCAAAGAGCUACUUAUCAAAGAGCAGCACGAAGUUGUACACCACAAUGGCAUUCGAGACACUCUCAACUCGAUUCGUCAGAAAUAUUGGAUCCAACGAGGUAGAGAAGCAGUGAAGCGAAUAGUAAGAAGAUGUGUCGUGUGCAGAAAGAUCGAAGCGAAACCCUUCCCAACACCUAAAGCUCCGCAGCUCCCAGCGUGUCGAGUAAGCGAAGAACCACCCUUCUCUAAUACCGGUAUAGAUUUCGCUGGUCCAGUUUGCGUAAAAAAAUCGUCUGGAGCAAUUAACAGCAACGACCAAGACAAAGUAUACAUUGCGCUCUUUACCUGUGCAUCUACGAGGGCUAUGCAUUUAGAACUAGUAGAAAACAUGUCAGCAGCUACCUUUCUUCAAGCGUUUAGACGUUUUUCAAGUCGUAGAGGACUGCCAACGAAGGUCUUGACGGAUAAUGCAAAAACAUUUAAGUUGGCAUCAAAAGAAGUGAGGAUGAUUGGAGAAUCGAAAGAAGUAAAUCGUUAUUUUGUCAAUAGAAGAAUAACAUGGGAGUUUAUUACUGAGAAAGCUCCCUGGCACGGUGGAUUCUGGGAGAGGAUGGUGCGAAGUGUUAAACGUUGUCUAAAGAAAGCUAUCGGACGCGCUUCGUUAUCUUUUGGAGAACUACGCACCCUACUAGUCGAGAUUGAAAGCACCCUUAAUAAUAGACCGUUGACGUUUAUGUAUGAUGACGAACAGGGAAUAUCGUACGCACUCACACCAUCGCAUUUGAUCUACGGACGACAAAUUUCAAGCGCUCCAAAUGACAAGCAUUACGAGAUUAUUAGCACAAAUCAGUCUCUCACCAAGCGAGCAAAGUACCAUCAACGCGUUUUAAACCAGUUUAUCAAACAAUGGAGAACAGAAUACUUGUUGAGUUUAAGAGAAUCGUUCAAAUCGAUUCGACCAAACAGCAAUGUGCAAAUAGCAGUUGGAGAUAUGGUAAUUUUACGGAAUGACAAUUCACGACGCACAUUUUGGAAACUGGCUAAAGUGGAAAUGUUGCUUCCCAGUAGCGAUGGUACAGUACGGUCAGCUAAAGUUAUGGUUAACGGUGAAAGCGGUAAACGGAUCACAUUACGGCGACCAAUACAGUAUUUGAUUCCCCUCGAAGUACAGGCAAGUGCGACGGAUGACAACGGUGUCCAGAGCCGUGCGGAUCAGCAGAACACAGAAAUAAAAGAUAACGACCAACUACAAAGACGAACACCGAGACGUAAGGCAGCUGUAGUUGGCGAAAUCGUAAGAAGACAACUUAGUUCGUGAUGGACGUUGACACGUACAUUGAUUAACGUUAACAUUAAUUUAGUAUUAGUUUAAUUGAUCAAUUUUAUUGAUCAACCCCGGGAGUGUUGUGAACGGUUAAAUUGUCGCCGCUAUUUUUGUCAUAGCGAACAAUAUGUCAGACAUGCGCAAACGAGACGCUUUUUGUUGGUUUCAUGAAUCGAAUCGAAAAACACGUUUAUAACGACUUUCAACUUAUAUUUUAUAGUUUAUAGUUUAGAAAUAAAGUUUAUUUUACAUUUAACUGCGACGGGUAGUACAAGGGGUAUUCUAGUUAAAAUACUUAUUUCAAUUAUUACUGCUGCUAUGGUCUAGUCUAUUUUACGAUAAACAUGCAUGAAUUAAAAUUUUUUGAUGGCAUCAAACUACACAGGCACAGUUUACUCAUUUAAGGCAAUGGGGCCAUGCUAUGGUGGGUUGGUUAGUGCUCCCUAAUAGCAAAGUGCAAAUAUGGUACCAUUUAUUGCUUUUGCUAUAAGAAUGUUUUAGCAGAUGCCAGGACGACAACGGCAUGUAGCAAUCUAAACGAAAUGAACAGUUACUAUAUUGUUUUACAAUAGAUUAGGUUUAAGAUGAGACCAAGUUCACUGACAGCAUUAUUAGGAUAUUGAAAGUUAAUGGGGAACAUAAAGAUUGGAUCGAGCUUUCUGUGGAGAUGGCAAUAACGUACAAUGUCAAUGUUCACAAAUACUUUGUCAUCAAUAUAAUACAACUUUAAUUGGUGGAUGUGACGCUGGCAAAUUUUGAGACGGUAUAUACGGAUUAUAUGAAGUGUAAUCAGGUUCAAUAAUUUCGUGAUAUGUGGAUCCUUCACAUACCACCAAGGUAUUGAAUCAGAUGCCAGAGCCAAGAUGUAACCAUGACUGUAACCAUGACUGUAACAUGAUCAAGACCGUGAUUGCAGAAGGAACUAGAGGGCACCACGGAGACUUAUGUAUCUUGCAUAAAUUAUACAAUGGGCUAAUUACGCGAAUUCAUGACAAAACCUCCACAUGACAAAACCCCCGACGACAAAAUCCCCUCCGACAGAAAACCCAAUUACCCAAUUCAGAUAAAAAACCCACAUUUCUGUUUAUCGAUUUUGUAAAAUGUAUUUAAAAGAACAAACUCUUUAACACAAUAUAGAGCGUUUGCACAUGACGUCAGCACGAGUUUACUAAAGUGAUUUGAAAUAGCGAAAGUGUGUUGAAUAACACGGCCGGGUACGAUCAAAAUAUCAACGCCGGAAAACAAAGGUUAUACCUUAUUGUAUCUGAAACCAACAAUUUUUACUGUGAACAAGCACUAGAUAUACAGCCGAUCUUUUAAUAUAUGGCUUAAUAUGUAACUGAGAUGUCAAAGCUUAUUCAUUAGGUUUUAUAUUAGGUUUUUAGAUUUCAUUUUUUUAUAAUACUUUUUUUCAGUUAUGCUUAUUUAAACAGUAUAAGUCUUCGGGCCACGUUUGAACCGCAAUGUUUUGUAAUCGUGCCACUGAAGGGACGAAGGGAAAACUUUUUCAGGCAGUUCCGCGACCACACUUUUAAAUAAUGUCCCCAUAUUUUCUAGGUCCCAUUAUCAACAGUGAGCGGAAUGGACGCACAGAGCAUUAAAGACUGUAUGGUGAGUGCUUUGCUGAUGUGUAUAGAAAUUCUUUGGAGGCAUAGACGUAUAUGUCUACUAUUAUCUCGACUCGUGUUUUGAAGUGGAUUUCAGGUAUUUUAGGGACCGGUCAUUAAUUACAGGGGAGGGAGGGCUGGUGGAAAACGAGGGGGUCAGGUAUUUUCGUGCACGAAAAGGGGGGGGCAAAAAUUUUUGUGCAGUAUAAAUACCUGCCCCGCAUGACCAUGUUGUACCAUAAAACCUACAGAUAAAAAUAGAGAGUAGUAGAACUGUAGUAAACUCCAACACAACACCAUUUAUUAAACUGAUUUCAACGUAAACAUGUACAUUGGAACAGCCGUUGACUCAAUAUAUAAAUGGUAAAGAAUAUAUAAAUUACGAUACAUGUAUAUAGAGCAUAGUUGCCAACUCUCACAGAUCUACCAUCACCAUCGCAGAUUUUACUAAAACCUCACAGUGAUCAGAUUUCGAAUAUAACCCAACUGGUUCUCAGUUAAAUAUGUUGGCUUUUUUGCACAUUUUAACCAUUAAAAGUGACUUCAUUUGCGUCAAAUUACAUCAAACUUUUUUCUUCUGAAAAAAUUCACGCCAUUAAGCCAAAAAUAGAUAAUCAAAACAUCACUUCAUGCAACCUCGUACCGGCAUGGGUAUUCAACAAUAUGGUUUUGUAUAUCUAAAGAAAAGCUACCAAAACUUGUGUGUAUAAGGUUUAGAAGACUCUGAAAAUGCCAUUUCCAACGAUCUAGAGACUCCAUAUUUUCAAAUUUUUCUGCUCGACGCCAACUAUGGUGGCACCUUGUGGGUCCCCCCAAAGCAAAAUCUCACGGAUGUUUUAUUCCCAAUGUUGGCAACUAUGAUGGGGCAGUAUGAUCAAAUGUAGCUUCACUUUAUAAGAACUUUAAAUUACGAAUGCGCCAUGGGGUCAUGUAUAAUUGUGUUAUCAUCAAGGGGGGGGGGGAUUAAUUUUAGCAUCUAAUUUUUCAUUUCCACCAGCCCCCCCCCCUCCCCUGUAAUUAAUGACCGGUGCCUUAGAGAAGUAUAUGACUAUUGCCAACGCGGUUAUUAAUGAGAUAUGUUGUAGGUGGGUUUCACUAUUCAGUAUUCUAUUUUUGUCCACACCGGGCAAGAUGAAAAAUUUAUACUUGCCGCCGGUGAGGACAUACUCAGAAUAGCAUAAUAAUUUCAAAUAAUUUCACCGGAGUAAAUACAUACACAAUUGUUACAUUCAGUCAGUCGGUAGUUAUUAUAGUUAAAAAAUAUUUCAUUCGCUGGGAGCUGGCAUGCAGCAUCGGCCGCAAGCUUGACAUUUAAAGCCCUGAUUCCACGGGCGCUUUUUCUCGGCGAAAUGCGAAAUAUUUCGCCUGUUUCUUUUGAAUUGCGACUACUCGAAUAAAUUAUUUCCACUUGAUUGCUCACAAUUCAAAAGAAACAGGCGAAAUAUUUCGCAUUUUGCCGAGAUAAAGCGCCCGUGGAAUCAGGCCUUAAGGCUGUUUUCCACUAGGCGAAAUUUUUCGCGCGGAGCGGAAUUUUUCUUUGUCUUGUGAUUUCUCGGGUGGAACUAAUUUAAGCCGGUUUUCCACUAGGCGGAAUUUUGCGCGCGGAGCGGAAUUUUUCUUUGUCUUGUGAUUUCUCGGGUGGAACUAAAGGCGGUUUUCCACUAGGCGAAAUUUUUCGACCGAAUCGAAAUUUCUAUUUGUUUCAUGAGCUCUCGAGCAGAACUAAUUGUAAAAAGACAAAGAGAAAUUUCGUUUCGGUCGAAAAAUUCCGCCUCGUGGAAUCUGGUCUUAAAGGCCGUUUUCCACUAGGCGGAAUUUUUCGCGCGGAGCGGAAUUUUUCUUUGUCUUGUGAUUUCUCGGGUGGAACUAAAGGCCGUUUUCCACUAGGCGGAAUUUUGCGCGCGGAGCGGAAUUUCCCUUUGUCUUUUCCAGGGCGCUUAUAUACAGGGUGUCCCAGAAAAACGAAAACUAUUGAAAUCACUUUGAAUGCCCUACCAAAAAGCUGAACGUAAUGAUGCGUAAAAUAUUGACAAGGUGCAUGUAUUAAAAUUUAGUUAAGAACAUCUCCUUGUAAAGUGCGCGAUUUUCUGCUUUUGGGAAUUUAAAGCAGCUUCUUAAAUAGUUUCUGUAUGCAUAAAAUUUACUUACGUCAAUCAUUUAUGCACUCGUGGGAACCAACAGAGUGCUUAGUCAUUCAAAUUCUAACAAUUAAAUCGUUAUUGGUGAUUUCAAUAAUUUUCGUUUUUUUGGGACACCCUGUAGAGGUCUAGCGCCUAUAUAAGCGCCCUGGUCUUUUCUAAUUAGUUCCACUCGAGAAAUCACAAGACAAAGAAAAAUUCCGCUCCGCGCGCAAAAUUCCGCCUAGUGGAAAACCGGCUUAAGGGCCUGUUCAUAUGGGCAGAAGUUAUCCCGGUUAGCGAGAAAACUUUUCGACAAGUUUACGAGCGAGAUCUCGCCUUGUUACGAAAAUAAUAUGAAAAGUUACAUUGCGUUCAUAUGAGACGAAAAGUUUUCCCGUGUACCGAGAUCUCGCUUGUUGACAAGCGAGAUCUUGGUGACCGGGAUAAUGUUUUCCCCAUAUGAACACAACUUUCCCGCUUAGCGGGAUAACUUUUUGUCGUGUCAGCAACUUUUCAAUUCAAUUGAUGUUCAGUGCUUCGUUUAAUUCAUGUAUACGACACCUGGCCAAUUAAUUAAUUAAUAAAAUAAUUACAUUAAUUUAAAAUAUUGAACAGUACUAACAUUAAUUUAAUUUGUAAAUAAUUGUAUACUAGUUGUAUUUGUAAAUGUAUUGUAAUUGUUGCUAACUGUAAUGUAAUGUAAUGUAUGACCAUAAUUUGUAUUAAUUGUAUUUUUUAACUAUUUAAAUCUACGCCCCCUUGGAAAUCAGCCUUCGCUGUAGGGGUUAGCGUAGUUAAAUAAAGUUUUACCUACCUACCUACCUACCUACAGCCGGAAACUUUUCCCGGUAAGUGGGAUAAUAUUUCUCCAUAUGAACAGAACAAAAGUAUUUGGCUAGUCGAAAAGUUCUCUCGUUAACCGGGAUAACUUUUGCCCAUAUGAACAGGCCCUAACAAAGAGAAAUUCCGCUCCGCGCGGAAAAUUCCUCCUAGUGGAAAACGGCCUUAAUUAAUCACACAUUGCUCGCUUUGUUACAAACAAAUACACAUCAUAAUCUAAGCUGUCCGUUCCACCUAAAUUUUCUUAAUAACAAAGGGUGGGUCGGUAGUUUCCAUCGCCCCCCCCCCCCAGUCGUUCAAGCCGGUUUUCCACUAGGCAGAAUUUUGCGCGCGGAGCGGAAUUCUUCUUUGUCUUGUCAUUUCUCGGGUGGAACUAAUUAGAAAACACAGGAAAAAUUCCGCCUAGUGGAAAACCGGCAGAUUUUCCACUUCUUUGGUGCCUCAGUCAGCGGAAAAGUACUCUUCUUUUCAUCAGAUGUCUUGUAGUGGUGGCAAGUAAAUAAACAUGUGAGAUAUAUGAUUUGUUUGCUCCUGGAAGUGUCAGGAGCAGGCAUACUCUGGGAACCAUCAUCUGAUUCCCGUGACAACACUUGCUGAAAUCUUGCAAGAAAGCAGACGCACGCUUGUAUUGUAAAUACGCAAUUAUUUUAAUUUGGUAGUACACCUUAAUACAUAUUUUUAUUUUGCAGAGUAAAUUUGACAAAUAUCUUUCGUCCCCGGACAGUUUAGUGUUACCUCAAGUUGAUCUUCUCAGAAGCACACGUUUAAGGUACUAUAUAUACUAUCAAACGGUUUUACACUCAAAGUCUAACUUUCAAAAUUUAGAUUACACGAAUGCUAUUACGCUGCUUGUUUUAUACAUGCAUGUUACAAACAUUUCGUCUUUGUCCAUAUAUAGCGUAUUUCAUUAUACUUGACGUUAGACGGUAUACAUAAGGUUACAUCACAUGAUAGGCAUGCGUUCUGGUACAUUGCACGUAGUUUUAUCAAAUUUCAGCGAAGAAAGCCUGAAAUGCAUGAGUUAAGAAAAAAUAGGUUUGGUGGGCGUUUACCUAUAAAACGUUUCUUGUUCUGCCCGACUAAACAAAGUUACGUGUACAGUUUUCCACAAACCUUUUUUAGAUAUCGCAUUUUGAAUCUUCAUAAGCAAAGUACGUGUGCGGUCGAAUCAUAGAUAUCUUAAGCCGGUUUUCCACUAGGCGGAAUUUUGCCGCGGAGCGGAAAUUUUCUUUGUCUUGUGAUUUCUCGGGUGGAACUAAUUAGAAAAGACAAAGAAAGAUUCCGCUCCGCGCGCAAAAUUCCGCCUAGUGGAAAACAGGCUUAAUAUAUACUAGAUAGCGCAUCUCUUUUAGUAAAAUUGAAGCCAAGAAUAUUCCAGCGGUUACCUCCAUUUGAAUAGAUGGCCGCCAUGUUGGAGUUUCCCGCUCGCCAAGUAACGCUUAAAAAACAACAAUAACUUUCAUCAUUUGAAUAGUUUGAAAAUGUAUUUGGAAUAGGUUUAAUUAACUUAAUGUUUAAGUUCCCUGUUUAAGAAAUAGAGAACAUACGAGUCCUCUCAUUUCAUGGGAAUAUGCAAUCACGGCUUCAAUUUUUGAAUUGCAGAAUAAUUAUAUAGAUGCGCUAUCUAGUGUAUAUAAGAUAUCUAUGGGUCGAAUAGAGAGCUUUAAAUUUUACUACGAGUACGACUACGAGAUUCGUUGUUUGCCCAUGCUCGCCAUCUUCUUCACAGGAGCCCAGGCUCUAUUUGCCCGCGCCCGCCUGUGACUUCCUUAUAAUGAGGGAAGGAAGGAAAGAUUGAGACCAAAAUAGGGUAAACUAUCCGUAUUUACUGACUAAACAUCUAAAUUUAAAUAAAUAAAAUAAAUAAAUUUGCACUGGUUUUCCCCCGACAACGUUUGUUAAUUGUUUUGAUUCAAAUUAUUACACUACUGUCCCCCUCCCAGUGGAGAAAAAUUUGAAAUGUUUGUUAAUAUUCGUUGUCCAAUCAGGGUUGAGUGUAUUUUGAGUUGUUCAACGACUUCCGGUUUUUGUCCAGCAAGCCUGGCACGCGGAUAUAUUUUGGCCAAAUUUCGUCAUUCCCUCACGGAUUUUAGAGCGAAUUUAAGCUCUUUGAUUUAUCAUUCUUGCGGGGGAUAUUGAUUAAUCUUGAAAGAAAUGCAUUAAAGGCGAAAAGUCGAGGAUAGUUUUGUGUGACAUGUAUGCCGAGUCUGGGCUAUUUUGGUCUCAAUCUUACCUUCCUUCCAUCAUUAUAAGGAAGUCACAGGCGGGUGCGGGCAAAUAGAGCCUGGGUCUCUUGUGUCUUCUUACGCCAUUACGUACGCACGCGAUUAACUCGUAGUAUGUGCUUGUUUUACCACGCGACUUUUCAAAAAUCCCGUUGUCAAUUUGGCCACGGCUACGAGAUUUAAAAGGCGUCGGUAUACUUGACGGCGUAAGAAUAUGGCGUAUCCAAAUAAACGAAUGCCGUAGUCACACUGGUAGUAAAAUCUAAAGCUCUCUAAUAGUUCUUUUGAUAGGCCGUGUUGUUUUUACAGAUUAUGAUGACGAUUCCAAUUAAAAUCGCUAAUACAACAAUUAUGACGUCAUAUUGGACCCCUUAUGACGUCAUAUGCCCUCUGGAAAAAUUUUGCCCCAGGCCGCCGGCAACCUCUUGGCGACCCAACCUCGUACCCAGGGUCUUUCCUCUUGGGGAGAAAAGACCCUGGUAGACGCUGGUCACGUGAUCUGCUAAAAUCUAGCAGAUUUUUAAUUAAAUAUCUUGGAUUCCUUUACGAGAAUCAUACAAAAUGCAAAUUAUAAAUUAAACUAUACAAAUCAUCCAAAUAUAAAAUAUUUGAUCUUAUCUUGGAUUGCUAAUUAAAAAUCUGCUAGAUUUUACCAUGGAUAAUAAAAUAAAUGGAUAGGAAACUAGCUGACGUGACCUAAUGUUUUCAAUGGGUUGAUGGCGUGGUUAGAUGCCUCAACCUAGUUGAAAACCAAAUUCUCAAAAACGGCAUGUUUAGCAAUAAUACAGCUGAACAUUUUAGUCAAAGAGCAAAUAAAUAUAACCACGCCAUUCUACGAUGAAAACUCUAAGUAUUCCCAAUCAAUUUUAGCAAAUAUUUCAAGCACUAAACAGUGAAAAAUACAUCGCAAAUUUGUGACGCUAAUUUCGUAGCUACAAAUGUAAAAAAUACAAAACAAAGACGAAAAACAUUUACCUUGAAUACUUUGUCGUGGCUUAGGCAUGUUUUUAAAACAAUUAGACCAGUUUAUGCUUCAAAUCUCAAUAUCACCCUUUUAAAGUGGAAAAUAUAGCAAAACAACAAAAAUGCCGAGAACUUUGGUAACAUUCGCAAUACGCGUGACGUCACGUUUUUCAACAAGGAUGCAGUCGAUGACGUCAGGAAGUUUCCUAUCCAGUUAUUUUACAAUCCAUGAUUUUACACAGCUAAAAACGAUCAGGUUGUUGCAAUAUUGAUGAAAACAGGAUUGAACAAUGUUGUGCGGCCUACAUUGUUCACAGUUGUCAACAAUAUUGAACAAUAUUGUUACACCCGAUUCAGGCUCGACAAUAUUGUUCAAUAUUGUUGACAAGUGUGAACAAUGUGGGCCGCACAACAUUGUUCAAUCCUGUUAUUAAAACAGCAGGCUCAUAAUUUUAACGCGUGUAGCAGAUCACGUGACCAGCGUCUACCAAGAUCUUUUCUCCCCUCGCUACGAGGUUGUUGGGGUCACAAAUAAUUUUAUCUACUGUAGGGAUACCGUGAAUAAACGUUCCAGUGAUCUGGUGUGUGUUGCGUACAGAAAAAUAUACGAUGCUGUGUUGAAUCCGUUUAAUAAAUAUACAGAUCCGAAAUCAAUCGUAGUACGAACUCCUGAUCAAGUACUGUCAUUGCUAUCUUGAGUGGCGUUUAAUCAAAAUGCUCCUCUAUACAAUAGUUGUAAAUAAAUUAUGCCAACUUAUGAAAACGAUGUUGUCGGUUAAUAUGUUAUAAAAAUAGCUGAAUUCAUAUUAAAAGACGCAUUUCCGUCUAAGACGACAGGGGAAACUCGCCUGACGGAUUUCGGUCUGAUAUGAACGCAGAACAAAUAAGUCUGUAAAGUUCCGAGACCCAGGAAAUUUCCAUGUUUUGCUAUUUUUAUUUUAUUCUAAAGUGUCGAAUCGAUUGAAUUCAUGAGUGUAGUGUUCUGCAGUAAAUGUUGUUCCGUGUCUGAACCUGAAAAUGAUUUUAAAAUCGUUUUCCUUUUUUGUCAUUCUUUCAGGUAGUUCAAACACAAACCAUGACAGCUAACUUUGUAAUACCGGGUGGUUUACAUUAUAGGCGUAUAGGACCACGGUUAUAGGACAUUGGUUUUUAAGUUACAAUUCAUAUACAGUUGGAGUGUGGGCAAUCACUGUGCAUGAGCUGCUGGGAAAUAAGUUUCUUAUUGCGUACACAAUUAAAAAGAACCCUCGAAAAAUAUAUAAGCAAAGUUAUUAUAAAUGUUUAAUAUUUUUAUGUGGACUACUGUACAUUAUUGCAAAACGUAUUUUUAACUGGGCUCCAUGCAGUAAUAAUAAUAAUAGAGCGUUUGCACUCAUUCCCCAGGGACCAACUCAACAAAAGCCAUGGCGGCCAUAUGUUGGUCCAUGGCCUAUCGAAGGGGAGAUGGCUGUGAAACUCAAUUAGAACAACAAUAUAACUCGUAUUCUAUGUUGGUCAACGUUUAUUCAUAAAUCUGGUCCUUCACUGUCACGUGAGUAUUGUAUUUUUACCCAACUAACCAAUAGCAAUGUUUUAGGAAAGUCACCUAUCCGUGACUCGAACAAUAGGGAAACUGGAAAUUGCUAUUGGUGGAUUUGGCAGAAAUACAAUAGACACGUGACGGUGGACCAUAUUUAUAUGAAUACACGUUGACUAACACAGAUAAUGAGUUAUAUUGUUAUUCUAAUGAGUUUCACAGCCAUCUCCCCUUCGAUAGGCCAUGGUUGGUGUUCCAGACAAAAGAGUCUAAUUAAAAUUCUUUUGAAUUGGACACCAACAUGGCGGCUGUGACGUCAUGUGCAAACGCUCUAUACUUUUUCAAGGGAGUAUUUCAGAAAUACACAACAGUCACAUUUUUCUACACAUUUAAUUAAAUCCUGUCGUAGUAAUAAAAUAAAUACUAUCGAAAGGACGUUCAUAAAUAUCAAAGUUUCAUGAUUGUCUUGAAUUUAAAUAUUAAGUAUAUUGUGACAUCUAGAUUCCUAUAUAUAGGAAUGGUAAUUUAUACAUGCAAGUAUUAAUUUAAUGACCUCAGGUCGAUCUAUACACUACGGCGUUAUUAUAUGCAGUUAUAAUAAAUUAUGUUACACACUUACAAACUUGGUUAAUUAUUUUUAGAUAAGAAUUGAUUACUUACUUAAAACUGAUAUUAAAAUUUAUAUUACAAUAAAAUGUAUAUCCAAACAUACACCGUCACAGAGUGUAGAUCAACUACACCUAACUUUCAUCUCUUUCAUCUCUUUCAUAAAAGAGAACAUACGCCUGUGAACCACGGACACUGGAACUAGAUAACGCACCCACUCUAC